AUGAAUUCAUCAACCAAUGACCCUAACAUAAACUACACCUUUUGCACCAAAGCCUUUAGGACCGCCCCCUCGAGUCUCUACGCUAACCUAACCCGUCUAGGGCUAAUAUCCAUCAAUCUUGUUAGACAUAACGUUACACGUACAACUUUUUCGAUACAAACGUUACUAGAGAGCAACAAGGUGGAUAAUUCUACGAAAUUAGGGUUGAAAGAUUGCUUGGAAGUUUACUCGAAUUCGGUCCCAACGUUAAGGGAAUCGGCUAGGGAUUAUAGAGCAAGAAGAUUUAAUGGUGCUAAUGUGAAAAUAAGCUCGGUUAUGGAUGCUUCUACAACUUGUGAAGAUGGUUUUGGAAAUGUUGGUGUUAUUUCUCCUUUGACUAAGCAAAACAAUGAUACCUUUCAAUUGUCUGCUAUAGCUCUUAGUAUUAUGAGUAUGCUUUAA